AAUUCGCACACAUUCUACAACUUCAAUUUCACAACUACACCGGCUGAUCGAGCUUGGUGAUAGUCGCCAUUGCACUCUAUAAAAUGCCAAAACGAAAGCAUGGAGAUGCUCUCGGCGAGGGCAGGGAGGUCCGUCUUGACCGCAUGAUCGCAGUGCGAAGGAAGCACGCAGAAGAAAAGAUUGUGCAUGGCAUUAAACUCCUGAACAAAGCGCUGAAGACUGCGAGGGGCUUUGAGAGGCAAAAGCUUGGAAGACGCCAGAAAACCGCUAAAUCACAGAAGAAUGAAGCAGACCUGGCGCGACUUGAUGCCGAGAUCGAAGCACUAAAGAGUCUUGACUUUAUCAAAGUCGCUCAAAAUCACCUUUAUAAAGUCCUGCUCAAGACAAAGACUAUCGCAUCAUCCCCAAGCUUUCCUCCGGACAUCGAAGCGAAACUCAAGGUCAUUCAAGCGCCGCUCUCACCCGCAAUAGCCAAUGUAACAGCCCGCCUGUAUGCAUCGAAUCCGGUCAAGACGACUAUGGGGGAUGUCACCGCCUCAAUCCGAUAUGUGCUUGGGGUCGGGGAACAUGCCCCGAAGCAAAACCAGACUGAAUCACAAACUGAUGCAUCCCCGGGAGAAGACGGCGAAAGCGAUGCUGAAGAGAAACAACCGAAGAUGGCAAAGAAAGAGGCACCUACAAAGAUCGCCGAAUCAGACUCGCCCGGAUUCGAGGGGUCUGGUUCGGGCGAAUCAGAGGAUGAGCGGGGCCCAGUUCCAGAUGUUGAAGAUGAGGAAGACGAAGAAGACUAUUCCAGAUAUAAUGCACGUCUGGCAUCCUCGUCUGAUGAAGGAUCUGAGGAUGAAGACGAAGACGGAAUUGCAGAGAUUCGGGGCUGGUCCAAAGCUGAACGUGCUCGCAAUGCUCGUCAUUCAGCAUCUCCUACUCCUUCUGAUGAUCGCUCUUCGUCCCCUCCUCCAAAUAAAUCGAAGAAGCAGAAGACAGAAGCUGCGCCGCCGAAAAGCACAACCUUCCUGCCAUCUCUUAUGAUGGGAGGUUAUCUGUCAGGAUCGGAGUCGGAGCCAGAGGACGAUAUCCCCGAGAACCAACCACGGAAGAAUCGAAGGGGACAACAGGCUCGAAGAGCACUCUGGGAGAAGAAGUUCGGAAGCGGAGCCAAGCAUCUGCAGAAGGCCGGUCGAGAUGCCGAUUGGGAUCCUCGACGAGGUGCCCGGGGAGCUGACGACAGAGAUCCAAAAGCUAGAUUCAGAGGCCGCGGUGCAAAACCUGGCGGUUACGGUCAGUCAAAAGCAAAGCCUGACCAGAUGACUGGCGCAAAUAAUAUGCCCGUUGGACCUCGGAAGGCCAAAAAUGAUGACCAAGGGCCUUUGCAUCCGUCAUGGCAGGCGGCUAAGCUGGCCAAGGAGCAAAAGCAGGCGUCUUUCCAGGGAAAGAAGGUCGUCUUUGAUUAAUUGUAUUAUGAUACCAGGCCAACAGCUAAGCUGCAGUGUAAAAGUUCUGCCAUUUUUUUGCUUGUUUUUGGACUGGACAUGGGUAGCACGGGUCGCAUUGCCGCAUAUACUGUUUAGAAUCGCAUCUUCUCAAAUCAAAUCGGUACUUUCCUAGUAUCGUCUCAUUUUUUCAAUCUUGUCCAAUCUGACAUUUGACAUAGAACUAAUAAUAAGUGGGCUGACUGUUUGGGACGGAAAGAUGACCGCUGGUGUAACCGUGUAAUCCUGGUGUUCUCAGCCUGUCAAGACUCAGCAUUUUCCGCGAGU